AUCAAAACCUCAGCCGGAGCGAGCUAACUAGGGUUUUUUAACUUCGAGCAACAGUCAGCCAAAACCCUAGAGAGCUUGAUUCGGCCUUCAUCCAUGUCUUCCAGCGUGAGCUCCGAGACGGUGGAAAGAGCCGUACAGGCUCUGUUCAAAUGGCGGGAUGCCAAGUCCGAGACGGAGAAGCCCCAGCUCCUCCAGCAAGACGAGUUUUUCUACCUAAUCUUGACCCUGAAGAAGAUUCCGGCGAAGGGCCGCACAAACCCUUUCAAAAUUCCCAUCCCUCGCCCCCUGAUCGACCCGCAGUUGUCGGAAAUCUGUCUGAUUAUCGAUGACGGGCCGAAAUCGAACCUCACCAAGGACGCCGCCCAGAAGAAGAUCAAGGCCGAGAACAUCCCCGUCUCGAAGGUCAUGAAAUUGUCCAAGCUCAGGAGCGAUUUCAAGGCAUUCGAAGCAAAGAGGAAGCUUUGUGAUUCCUAUGAUUUGUUUCUGGCUGACAGGAGGGUCCUGCCCGUGCUGCCGAGGUUGCUGGGGAAGCAGUUCUUCAAGAAGAGGAAGAUUCCUAUUAGUGUAGACUUGAAGCACAAGGGCUGGAAGGAGCAGAUUGAGAAUGUUUGCGGGUCGGCUUUGAUGUUUUUGGGCUCGGGUACUUGUAGCGUGGUGAAGGUGGGGAAGGCCUCAAUGGGGAAGAAGGAGAUUGCGGAGAAUGUGCUGGCUGCAAUUAACGGGGUUGCCGAGGUUGUGCCGCGGAAGUGGCGGAACAUAAGAUCGUUCCAUUUGAAGAUGUUGGAGAGCUUGGCUUUGCCUAUUUAUCAGACUGUGCCUGAUCUGAAGUUGAAGAUUGAGGGGGUUGAUGAUAAGGGAGAGGCAUUGGAUGGCGAAGAGGUCAAUGAGGAGGAUGCGAAAGAGAGUGUUGUGCAGAAGAAGAAGGCUCCGAAAAGGAAUAGGAUCCAUGAGGUUAGGUACAUGGAUACGAACUUGGACGACGAGGAUGAGGAGGAUAAUGGUGUGGGUAGUGCUGAAAUCACGGGAAAGAAGAGGAAGAAGGUAGAUGAUAAGGAGGAAUCGGGAGGUCUGACAGAGUUGAGCCGUGCGAAGAAGACAUCAAAAGUUAAGGGAGAUGGUGGUAACAAGGAAAAGAAAAUUGAGGCGUCCAAGAAGUCAAAAAAAUCAAAUGAAGAGGAUGUUGUUAACAAGCGCAAGAAAGGUGGAUUGCCCAUCAAGGGAGAAGGAGAGCUUGUUGGUAAGAAGGAGAAGAAAAGCACGACUAAACCGGAGAAGGUGAAGAGGAAUAAGAAGUGAGAAGGGCGAAGAGAAUUUUUCGAUAUCCGUAGGACUGAGAUAGCGGGUUCUUUUCCAGGUUGCUUGUUACUGCUACAUGAUUUUUGUACUGGGUUAAUUAGUCAGCGCGGUGCAAAGUUACUCUUAAGUUGUAUCCCGAUUCCCAAUUUUGUUUUGAGUUUAUAGAAUGCUGAAAAAUGUCCUGACUUCUAUAUCAUCCUUGACUACGAAGUUAAUGGCAUUCUCGUUGUCCAAUUUAUCUUUUGUUUACUUUAGUCGGAUUUGGGACUUUGGCCCUACUUAUUGUCGCGGUAA